GAGGGCGGGGGGCGAGGCCCCUGCCUCGGGUCCGCUCAGUCAGUGUCAGCCUCCAGCCUCCGCCGCCGCAGAGAUGCGGUCUCUCCUCCCGCUCGUACUGGCUGUGGCCACUAUAGGACAUGUCGCCGCUAUAUCUCUUGACUCAGAGUCGGGUAAGGUGCUAGAGGAAGCCCUCCACAACGAUCAGCUGGUGAUCAGCGUCAAACACAUCAAGCCUCGGCGUCGUGUGAGGACAGGCGUCGAGACGCUUCUUGCCAUCGACUUCCCCGGCAGUCGUCAGAAGAUGGUGAUGCAACUUGAUCGCCGGUCCAGGCGAGUGGUACUUGAAACAACAGAAAAUGGCCGAAUGAGGGGACAGCACUUUUCCGUGGACUCUCUCACCGAAGACUCAAUCAUUAACUCUCUAGUCCUAUCAAUCCAACAGAACAGGCCACAGCCUCAUAUCGCUCUGUAUGUUGACUGUGUCAAGCAAGGUGUCAUCAACACACCUCGCACUCUUCGAGACAUGUUCCUCACCAUGCGCAACCCUCGGUUACAAGUGUAUCGAGAGAGGCGGUACACGAUGGAAGUUGACUCAGAUACAACUAUAGAAAAGGUACUCAACCGCAACAACUGUCCAGACACAGUCCAGAUGCAGGCCAUUGAGGCUGCUGCUCCCACACUAAACGAGAUACAACGUGUCAGAGGAGAUAUUCCCAUCAUCCACGACUGUGAUGACAACAUGCUGGUAAAAGCCAUCAACGAAUUAGUCACUAUUGUCAAACAGCUGAGAGAGGAGGUCGAAACCCAGAGGGUGGAAACGCACAAACUGCGGCAACUACUGGAAGAGUGCGACAUGUGCCAACCAGGGAGACCACAGAGGAUCACAUGUCGCAGCAAUCCCUCGCCAUGUUACCCUGGAGUGGAGUGUCGAGAUGCUCCAGAAGGACCCCGCUGUGGUCGCUGUCCACAGGGCUUUGUGGGAGAUGGCCGGAAGUGCAAACCUGGUCGAACCUGCAAUGAAAGACCAUGUGCCCCAGGAGUGCGAUGCUAUGACACAGUUGAAGGAUUCCAGUGUGGUCCCUGCCCCAGUGGUAUGGUGGGUGAUGGCCAACAGUGCAAGCCGCGGGGUGGCUGCGAUCUUAAACCCUGCUCUGAAGGUGUUCAAUGCCAGAACACAGUCGAACCUCCAUACUACAGAUGUGGGGCUUGCCCAGUCGGUAUGGCUGGAAAUGGAACAAACUGUCACGAUCUUGAUGAGUGUGAUCUGGCUGAGCCUUGCUUUCCCGGCGCACGUUGUGUCAACCUGCGCCCUGGUUAUCGUUGUGGUCCCUGUCCUGCUGGGUACACGGGAUCUCGUGGCGUAGAGGGAGCUGGAAUAGAGGAGGCGCGACGUAACAAACAGAGGUGUCAAGAUAUAGACGAAUGUAAUGAUGGUAGAAAUGGUGGCUGUGCUGCUAACUCACUCUGCAUAAACACUGAGGGUUCAUUUCGUUGCGGCACUUGCAGACCUGGUUUUGUGGGUAACCAAACGUAUGGUUGCCAUAACCAUCCAGGUAUGUGUCCUGAUGGUACUCGAUGUGACACCAACGCUCAGUGUCACCGAACUUCUCUCAACACAUACGGUUGCAGAUGCAAGACUGGCUGGGCAGGAGAUGGAAAAGCGUGUGGACCUGACAGAGAUCUUGAUGGAUUCCCAGACUAUGAUCUUGGCUGUGCCCACAUUAAAUGUCGGAAGGACAACUGUGUAGACCUCCCCAACUCUGGUCAAGAAGAUGCAGAUGGAGACAAGAUCGGAGACACUUGUGAUCCGGAUGCAGAUAAUGAUGGCAUACCUAAUCGAUCAGACAAUUGCCAGCUGGUACACAAUCCUGAUCAGCUAGACACAGACCAGGGAACUCCAGACAAGCAAGGAGAUGCCUGUGACAACUGUCCCAUGGUUCCAAACCCCAAUCAGGAGAAUGUUGAUAAGGAUCAGUUUGGUGAUGCUUGUGAUCCUGACAUUGAUAACGAUGGAAUACCCAACCAUCUUGACAACUGCCCCCGUCGGGCCAACGCAGACCAGCGUGACCAAGAUGGUGAUGGCCUGGGCGAUCUCUGUGACAACUGUCCUAACAUACCAAACCGUGACCAGACUGACACAGAUGACGACCAUGUGGGUGAUGAAUGUGACAAUGACAUUGAUCGUGACAGAGAUGGUAUUCAAGACAAUGCAGACAACUGCCCAACGAUUCCCAACAGUGACCAACUAGACACUGAUAGAGAUGGGCGAGGGGAUGCUUGUGACCCAGACAAGGAUGGAGAUAGCAUUCCCAAUGAACAAGAUAACUGUCCACUGGCUUAUAAUCCUGGACAAGAAGACUUGGAUGGGGACUUUUGUGGAGAUAUCUGCGAUGAUGACUGGGAUCUGGACAGAGUUCCAAACUACCUAGACAACUGUCCCAAUAACUCCAAGAUUUUUUCCACGGAUUUCAGGACAUACCAGACUGUGGUUCUGGAUCCUGAGGGAGAGUCUCAGAUAGAUCCUGUCUGGGUUAUCUACAACAAGGGAGCUGAAAUCGUUCAGACAGACAACAGUGACCCCGGCCUUGCUAUCGGAUAUGAUGCUUUUGGAGGUGUUGAUUUUGAAGGAACUUUCUUUGUGGACACGACAAUGGAUGACGAUUACAUAGGAUUUGUUUUCAGCUACCAAGACAACCACAAAUUCUACUCAGUCAUGUGGAAGAAGAGCGAGCAGACAUACUGGGAGUUGACUCCAUUCAGAGCUGUGGCGGAGACAGGUAUCCAGAUCAAAGUUAUCCAUUCGAGUACAGGUCCUGGUGAGAUCCUGCGCAAUGCUCUGUGGCACACUGGCGACACUGAUAGCCAGGUGAGGCUACUGUGGAAGGAUCCUAAGAACGUAGGUUGGAGGGAGAACGUCGCCUACCGUUGGCUGCUGCUGCAUCGUCCCCACAUCGGGUUGAUCAGGCUGCGUAUGUUCCAAGGCUCAACUAUGGUAGUAGACUCAGGUAACAUCUUUGACUCGACUCUCAAGGGCGGACGUCUUGGUGUCUACUGCUUCUCCCAAGAGAUGAUCAUCUGGUCCGAUCUUGUCUAUAGGUGCAAUGAUAACGUUCCAGAAGCGAUAUACCGAGAACUACCUCCAAAUCUUCAAAGAGAAAUACAGAUAGACCACAGUUUACCUCCUCAGCAUAGGCUUGAAGGAUGAACAGAUGUAGUUAACAGUUUUCGGGUCAUAACAUAGAAAGUUUAUUAGCUUCAAAUUAACUAAAAGAAUUUCAUGAUCCGUUUUAAGUAUAUUCUGUUCUAAUUAAUCUUUAAAUAAAUUAAAUGAUAAAUUAAAAGCUUAAUACUUUUAAGAAUUGAAUACAAUUAUUGUUUUUGAUACUGUUUUACAUGGCAAAAAGAAACCAAAUCCCAAAAAUAUAUAUUAUAUAUCAUGGUAAUUUUUUUAACGUGUUAUAAUAAGUUGAUAAAAUAUAUAUAAAACAUAAAGCAUAUGCUUUUAAAAAGCAAGAAUUUAAAU